AUGGAGCCCAAAACAAUCAGAGAGGGCUACCUGGUUAAAAAGGGAACCUUGCUCAAUUCAUGGAAGGUUGUGUGGGUGGUGUUAGCAGAUGAUGCGGUGGAAUUUUAUAAGAAGAAAACAGACAAAAGCCCCAAGGGCAUGAUCCCUCUGAAGGGUGCUGUGCUGACCAGUCCCUGCCAGGAUUUUAACAAGAGAACGUUAGUGUUCAAACUCAGCACAUCAAAGAACCAGGACCAUUUCUUCCAAGCCACUCACCUGGAGGACAGAGAGGUCUGGAUUAAAGACAUCAAGAGGGCCAUCACCUGUCUACAGGGGGGCAAAAAGUUUGCCAGGAAGUCAACCAGGAGGUCCAUUCGUCUACCAGAAUCAGUGAACCUGAGUGAAUUGUACGUCUUGAUGAAAGAUCAAGACACUGGAGUAAAAGAGUUGAGACUAGAGAAGGAGAAGAAACUCUACAAUCACUGCUUCACAGGCAGCACAGUGGUUGACUGGCUGAUCUCCAGUCAGAAAGUGAGGAACCGAGCAGAAGCCGCGAUGCUGGCUACUGGACUGCUGAAUGAGGGCUACCUGCAGCCAGCUGGAGAUCUGUCCAAAGAUGCUGCCGAGUCGACAUCAGAAUCCGCCCUGCUGGAUCAGACAGACGCUCUCUACUAUUUUGCUGAUAGUGGCUUCUUUUGUGAAGGCUACUCCAGUGAUGAAGAUGUCAUUGUGAAGGAAGAAUUUAGAGGGGCGAUAGUAAAACAGGGCUGUCUACUGAAGCAGGGUCAUCGUCGGAAAAACUGGAAGGUGCGAAAGUUCAUCUUAAGAGAUGACCCUGCAUACAUUCACUACUAUGACCCUGCGAGGGGUGAUGACGAUCCUCUUGGUGCUAUUCACUUACGAGGAUGUGUGGUGACUGCAGUUGAAUACGUUCCAGAUGCCAAAAGGCAUGAAGUGGAUGGAAAUCUCUUUGAAAUUAUCACCUCAGAUGAGACACACUAUUACCUGCAGGCAGCCACUCCUGAAGAACGCAAGGACUGGAUCAAGGCUGUUCAAAGUGUGGCUAAGUCUGGAAAAUAG